GAGGCGCGCGGCGAGGGGGCGCGGCGCCAGGGUCGUCGCGGCGGCGUCCGUGGCCGAGGCGGCCCCGCCGCCCACGGCCGAGGGCACCGCCGCGCAGGCCGCGCCGAAGGCAAGACCCCUCCAGAUUGUGAAAAUCGAUCUCGAGUCGAACCAGGUCGUGAUCGGCGAGGAAGAGAUCAAGCACAUAGAAGCAGCCCUGGCGAGCACAGGCGUCGAGAAGGUGGCAAUUGUUGGCGUGAUGGGCGCAUUCCGCACAGGGAAGUCGUUCCUGACUUCAUGCUUAGAUACGCGCGCGGGGUGUCGAUCGAGAGACCCGGCGGCGCGGGCGCGGCGGCAGGCCAGGACGAGGGCUGCGAGGUACCCAGGUGGGUUGUCGACCAGCAGGUGCCCGACUGGGUCUUCAAGUGCGGCUCCUCCAUGA